GGGGCGGGGCCUGGUGCCCGAGCCUAGUUCCCGAGGCGCGGCGGCCGCGGCUGGGGGCGGGAAGGGGGCGCAGGACCCCAGGCGGGGGUCCCGGAGCCGGAGGGCCAGUUCCCGUCCCCCCAGCAGCAUGGCAUCCUGUGCUGAGCCCUCUGCCGUGGGCCCUGAGCCUGCCACCCCACCGCCUGCUGGGGUCCCACCGCUUGAGGACUUCGAAGUGCUGGAUGGGGUGGAAGAUGCAGAAGGCGAAGAGGAAGAGGAGGAGGAGGACCCGAGUGAGCUGCAGCCGCUAGAGGACAUGGGGCAGCCCCCACUGGAGGAGACUGAACAGCCUGGGGCCCUGGCCCGAGAGUUUCUGGCCACCAUGGAGCCUGAGCCCGAGCCUGCUCCAGCCCCAGAAGAGUGGCUGGACAUCCUGGGGAAUGGGCUGUUGAGAAAGAAGACAUUGGUCCCAGGCCCUCCUGGUUCAAGCCGCCCUACCAAGGGCCAGGUGGUCACAGUGCAGCUGCAGACGUCACUGGAGAACGGCACACGAGUGCAGGAGGAGCCGGAGCUGGUGUUCACCCUGGGCGACUGCGACGUCAUCCAGGCCCUGGAUCUCAGUGUCCCGCUCAUGGAUGUGGGGGAGACAGCUAUGGUCACUGCGGAUUCCAAAUACUGCUAUGGCCCCCAGGGCAGCAGGAGCCCAUAUAUCCCCCCUCACGCGGCCCUGUGCCUGGAGGUGACGCUGAAGACAGCUGUGGAUGGACCUGACCUGGAGAUGCUCACAGGGCAGGAACGUGUGGCAUUGGCCAACCGGAAGCGGGAGUGCGGCAAUGCUCACUACCAGCGGGCUGACUUUGUGCUGGCCGCCAACUCGUAUGACCUCGCCAUCAAGGCCAUCACCUCCAGCGCCAAAGUGGACAUGACAUUUGAAGAGGAGGAGCAGCUCCUGCAGCUGAAGGUGAAAUGUCUGAACAACCUGGCAGCCUCGCAGCUGAAGCUAGACCACUAUCGGGCUGCGCUGCGCUCCUGUAGCCUCGUGCUUGAGCACCAGCCUGACAACAUCAAGGCUCUCUUCCGCAAGGGCAAGGUGCUGGCCCAGCAAGGGGAGUACAGUGAGGCCAUCCCCAUCCUGAGGGCAGCCCUGAAGCUGGAACCUUCCAACAAGACGAUCCACGCAGAGCUCUCGAAGCUAGUGAAAAAGCAUGCCGCCCAGCGGAGCACAGAGACUGCCCUGUACCGGAAAAUGCUGGGCAACCCCAGCCGGCUGCCUGCCAAGUGUCCUGGCAAGGGUGCCUGGUCCAUCCCAUGGAAGUGGCUGUUCGGGGCAACUGCUGUUGCCCUGGGGGGUGUGGCUCUCUCUGUGGUCAUCGCUGCCAGGAACUGACUGUCCAGGUGCCCGCCACCCCUUCUGAGCACCAUGGACCCUACCACGCGCUCCCUAACUCUCCCAGGCUCCCUGUCCACUACCCUCUCUGGCCUAGCCUCCUCCUCUGGGGCAGGGACAGCGAGGUUUGAGGGUCAUGUGGCCCAGUGAACAGGAGGGACUGAGGCCCUAUAGGAGGAAAGUGAGGCAGGGACGAGCCCCCGUCCAGCCCGUAAGUAGGGGGCCCUCAUUCCUCCAGACCCAAUUCCCACCCCCACUGCCCCCCCCCAGGUUAGGUCUCAGUAGGGGUCUGCCUCAGUUUCUCCUUCCCAAGGCCUGGGGGCAGCUUUCCCCCCAUCCAGUCCCUGUCCAAGUGCCAACCUCUCCUGCCCCGUGUACUGCCCUCUGUCCAGGCUCUCCCUCAACCCAAGUGAAAUAAAGCCUCCCACCCUG